GUUCAAUGAAAGAAAACACAUUUAAAAAACCACACCAGAUCUCGAGUCUGAAAAUCUCCACAUUAAUUUGCUUGAUCAUCAAAUUUUUUGCUAUUCUCUCUCCUUCCUCUGCACAACCAAUUUCAAUUCCACCAAAUGUAGCUCCAUCCACACAAUCACAAUCCAACGAACCAAUUGAGAUCCAACUAGCAUGCAAUGCAACAAGACAUCGACAAUAUUGCAUAUCAUCGUUGAACCAGCCAAAUCUCGUCCCAUCGAACCCAACCCCAAUUCAGAUCAUCCAAUCCACCAUAGGGUUAUCCUCCACAACCCUCAACUUCACACAAUCGAAGUUAAAAGCUUUACUAAGCAAGGCACAAGGAAACCAAAACAUAACCCACACGGCCGAAAUAUGUCUGGAGGUGCUCAAUUGCUCGAGGUAUCGUUUGUCUUCAUCCAACGAUUCGUUCUCAUCCGAUUCUAGAAAGAUCAAGGAUGCUCGAGCAUGGAUGAGCGCCGCAUUGUCUUACCAGUACGAUUGUUACGGAGGAUUGAAGUACUACGCAAGUAACUACUCCCAAUUAACAAAUGAGCCCAUGUUGUGCUUGACCAAUCUGAUCAACUACACUAGCAAUGCCCUAGCAAUGGUGGUUUCUUAUGAUCGAUUCGGGGGUGAUAUGAGUCUAUGGAGGCGUCCAGAGACCGAGCGAGAUGGGUUUUGGGAAAACCCUAAACAUGAGCCUGAGUUCAGAAGUGAGUUCCCAACUAAAUACUUGGUCAUUGAUGUUGUAGUUUGUAAAGAGGGAAGUAGUGAUGAUGGUUCAAAUGAGCAAUGUCGUUACAAGAAGGUGCAAGAAGCCGUUGAUGCUGCUCCAUGCAACGUGAUUGACAAGAAGUUUGUGAUCCAUAUAAAAGAAGGGUUGUAUGAUGAAGUGGUUAAGAUCCCAUUCGAGAAGAAAAAUGUCGUGUUUUUAGGUGACGGUAAGGGCAAAACCAUCAUCACAGGAUCUUUAGGUGUUGGUCAUCAACCUGGGAUUACCACAUAUGAUUCAGCCACUGUGUCCGUUCUAGGUGAUGGGUUCAUGGCCACAAACCUCACGAUCCAGAACACAGCAGGAGCCCCAGAGCACCAAGCAGUGGCUUUUAUAUCAGACAGUGACCAAUCCAUGAUCGACAACUGUGAGUUCCUAGGCCACCAAGACACAUUAUAUGCACACUCACUUCGACAGUACUACAAAUCGUGUCGAAUCACGGGGAAUGUGGACUUCAUCUUUGGCAAUGCAGCAGCUGUAUUCGAGGAUUGCCUCAUCCAGCUUAACCCUAAGCUCGACAGCCCUGAAAGUGGUGGAGAUAAUUCAGUCACAGCACAGGGAAGAACAGAGCCAGUCCAAUCAACAGGUUUUGUGUUCCACAACUGCACAAUCAAUGGAACUGAAGAGUACAUGACAUUGUUCAAGAACAAUCCCAAAGUGCAUAGGAAUUAUUUAGGGAGGCCAUGGAAGGAGUACUCAAGAGAAGUCUUUAUAAACUGUGGAAUGGGAGAUGUGGUAGCUCCAGAAGGGUGGAUGCCAUGGGAUGGUGAUUUUGGACUGGACACUCUUUACUAUGGUGAGUUUGGGAAUUUUGGAGAUGGAUCUAGGAAAUCAGAAAGAGUGAAAUGGAGUAGUCAACUUCCUAAAGAACAUGUAAAUGCAUACUCAUUAACAAAUUUCAUUCAAGGUGAUAAGUGGAUUCCUAAAAGUUCUUUGUAAUAGUUUUUUAUUUGUACCAAAGGAAAUGAAAAAUAAUUAAUUAUUAGAAGUGUUUUUUAUUUUUCCUUUCGCAUUCUCGAU